AACCACAGUACAAAACAACUUAAGGGUUUUCUCAUUCCUGAAAAUUAUUAUUCACUUAAAUUUCAUAUGCUAAGACUGUUAUCGGUACACCUUGGAGGGAUUACACAACACAAGACACCGAGUCUUAAAUUCAGUACAUCCUCUGUCAUGGCCAAAAGCAAGUUUGAAUACGUAAGAAACUUUGAGCUUGACGACACCUGCUUGAGAAACUGCUACAUUGUGGUUCGUCUGGAUGGACGCAACUUUCACAAAUUUUCUGAGCAACAUAAGUUCAUUAAACCCAAUGAUAACAGAGCUUUGGGUCUGAUGAGUCGCAGUGCGCGCUCUGUCAUGGAGGAACUUGAGGACAUCACAAUAGCUUAUGGACAGAGUGAUGAGUUCAGCUUUGUGUUUAAAAGAUCAUCCAGCUGGUUCAAAAGAAGAGCCAGUAAACUGAUGACCCAUGUGACUUCCCAGUUUUCCUCUAGCUUUGUUUUUUUCUGGAAGGAGUAUUUUGGGGAACAGCCCCUGCUGUACCCACCAAGCUUUGAUGGCAGGGUGGUGCUGUAUCCUAGCAACCAAAACCUUAAAGACUACCUAAGCUGGAGACAGGCAGAUUGUCAUAUCAACAAUUUGUACAACACUACAUUUUGGACACUGGUGCAGAAAGGUGGAUUGACCACUACUCAGGCGGAGGAGAGACUCAGUGGGACACAAGCUGCAGAUAAGAACGAGAUCUUGUUUUCAGAGUUUAAUAUCAAUUACAACAACGAAUCCCCAAUGCAUAGAAAAGGAACGACAUUACUAUGGGAAAUGGUGAAUGAAACCACAACUAAACAGAUCAAGCGACUGAAUGAGGCAGAGACAGAAGUUACUGUGACACGGACCAGAAAGAAAGUUACCACUCAUUUCUGUGACAUCAUCGGAGAUCAGUUCUGGGGAGAACAUCCAGACAUUCUGGAAAAAGAUUGAAUCGAACCAAAAACAAAUCUGCUUUUCAUUUUGAUAUUUAAUAAACAUUCAAAUAUUUUAUAUUUGUUGUAUUUUUUGCAAAAACAUGUCAUAAAUGUACCUGUGAUUAUAUUUGUGCAUUUGAAAGACACUUUUAUCCAAAAUGAUCUGCAGUGCAUUACAAGGUAUACAUUUUAUCAUUAUGUGUGCCUAAAUAGCAUAAAUAGCAGUCUUUUUAUUUCAAAGUAACUGAGGACAAUCGCUGUAAUGUUUAUAAAGUUUAGUCCACCCAUGAAUGCUUUUUCAACUUCAUUAGACAGCGAGGAAUGAUAUAAAAAAAGUUUUUUUUUGUGAAAUUUUAAGAAGCAGAAGGUUGCACCAAAGCAUAAUGAAUAUCCCUGAAAACAUGCAAAACAAAUAUAUACUUCAUAUAUACUUUUCCCUGGUUUGUCUGAUCUCAAUAGUCAGGGGGGAAAUGCUGCUGUCUUGAUGUUAUUUUCUUUAGAUUCCUGUUGGAGAUGAGAAGAAACCAGGGAAUGACAGAGGGAUCGAUUUCUUUCCUGCCAGGAUGAGCAUCUGUUUUUCCUCACCCCCACUGCUUCCUCUUAGUAUAGAGGACCUUUUCAGCUAAACGUCAGUGUUAUUGCAUUCCAGCACGAUGGAAACGGCAUGGACAUAUUUAAUAAAGUGUACUUGAUAUCUACAAAUGUCUUGUAAAAAGUUUUGAAAGGGCUAAAAUCAAGCCAGAAGAGAUCAAGCGUGUUUCUCCUGUGCUUUGAUUAUUGUCACCAUAUUGUAACUGCAUACUGAUCAUAAAAUAUUUUAUGAAUCACCACAGGAGCACAUCU